CGACCCAAUCGAUUGCGAUUUUUCCUUUCCUUUCCUCCACCUCUCUUAUUUCCCCCUCCCCCAAAAUUCUUCACUUCACUUCACUUGUCUUUCAUUUUCCUUUUCCACACUCCACUCUCUUUCUGCCUCACCAAAAAUACCCUCUCCCAUGUCGUCGUCGGCGGCGGAGGGGUCGUCCCGAUCGUCCCAGCAGCAGCAGGCGCCGCUGAGCCGGUACGAAUCCCAGAAGAGGAGGGACUGGAACACUUUCGGGCAGUACCUGAAGAACCAGAGGCCGCCCGUGUCCCUCUCCCAUUGCAACUGCAACCACGUGCUGGAGUUCCUACGCUACCUCGACCAGUUCGGCAAGACCAAAGUCCACCUCACCGGCUGCGUCUUCUUCGGGCAGCCCGACCCCCCCGCACCCUGCACCUGCCCGCUCCGCCAGGCCUGGGGCAGCCUCGACGCCCUCAUAGGCCGCCUCCGUGCCGCCUACGAGGAGCACGGCGGCUCCCCCGACACCAACCCCUUCGGCAACGGCGCCAUCCGCCUCUACCUCAGGGAGGUCAGGGAGACCCAGGCCAAGGCCCGCGGGAUCCCCUACAAGAAGAAGAAGAAGAAGAUUAAGCAACUUGCCGCCAACGCCAAGCUGCCGCUGCCGGGAGACUCUAACAAGACGGCGGCUAAUCACCCGCUGCCGCUGUGAUUGCGAGGUACACUAAUUAUAUAUAUAUAUAAUCCAUUUAUUAUUAUUAUUAUUAUUAAUUUUCCCUCUUUGAUGGCUAGCUAGCUGCCUACAUACUCAAUUAUUUAUUAUGCACAUGUACUAAUUAUAUAUAUACAUACACUCAAACUCAAUGAACCACCAAACAUAUGUAUAUGAGACAUGCGAAUCAUUUGCCUCUGACUUUUCUAAACAUGAAUCGUUUAAAGGCUUGGUUUGGUUUUGCAAAUUCACUAUCUCGCUUACCGUCGGUGCGGUGGUUCAAAUCCGACCAAAUUCACUAUCUCUAUUGAGAAUAAUAUAUAAGAUUGGGUUUGAGCUGAUGAAAUAACACACAAAUUAAACAAAAAUUUAAACCCUCAUCAUGAAACCCUAGUAGUAAUUUGAGUUGUGAAAUAAUAGAUAAGGCUAGGCAGCUGAUUUCUAUGGAGGUGAUGAAGAUAGAGGUUAAUUUUGUAUAAUUAAUUUAGAAAAACGAAUCAAAUUAAAGAGAUCGAGGGGUCUAAUCUCGUAACACAAUGGGUCUAUCUCUCUCUAGCAAUUAUCUCUCUCAAUCAACUAAAACACUGUUAAUUAAGUGGCCUUUUAAUUUAAUUCGACAUUUAAAUAUAUGCAAAUCACUAUAGUUUUCCCUUCUUUUCCCCCUUCUUCCUCUCGAUCUUUUUCCCCCCUCUUGGGCCUCUUUUGUGAUUCUCUGCGAUUUUUUGUGCUCCCCAUGAACCAAUGGCCAUGUGAUUAUGUCACCCAAACGUUGCAUGUUAAUUUUAUAUCUUGAUUUUUGGCUCUCCCAUACACAUUUUUUAAUUACUUAUAACUUUACAGACAUUAUUACGUGGAAUUAUGUCCUUGUGGUUUUAAUUAAGUACAAGAGACAUAUUUCGACUCCACGUUUCAAUGUUGUCCCAUUUGGCACGACUGCAAAUGCACGACGAAAAUCUUUGUUAAGCUUUUCGUACGUUUGUUCAGUUUGCUAGAGCUGGAUGCUAAACAUUAAUUAGUUAGUAAUUAAUUGUUGUUUCGGUACUGUAAUGUUGUACUAUGGAGUAUCUGCGUCGAAAUCUAUGCUCAAGAGUUUAAGAAUAAGAUGAGGAUUCCGAUAUAUGCCGCCGCAGGUAGCCUUUUAUGCGCUUUGUAAUUGUAGUGGUGCUAUGCUAUCUAUGUAGAGAGUCACCCUCUAAAGAGAAAAAGAGGCUUGUUUCUGUCAGGAUUUUGUCCCUUGUUAGGAUAUGUGUCUUUACACUACUGUUCCAAACUCCACCAUUAAAGUGGUUGAGGAGCCAGUUAGCUGCUAGCUAGCCUUUUUCUCAUGGUUUUCAGGGUUUUCAGCCUAUAUGGAUAUAUACUUAGCCAUGCAUAGUAAUAGCCGGUAGGGCCGUUAAUGAGUCCAACCGCUUCUGCCUUGAUAUUUGGUUUGGAAAAAAUUCGUUCGACACUCACUUUGUUUAUUAACAAGUUGAGUUUGAGCUAAACCUUGUUUGGCUCUCGAGGCUCGCAAGCCAGUUCAAUUUGGUGGUUUGUUGAGUUCAAUUCGUGAGCUACCUCGUUUUGAGCUAUGAGCUAGCUCAACAGUAUGGCUAGCCAACCACCUGAACUAGCAACUUAAUGAGUGAAUCGGUUAGUAGUUUAACAAUGACUUACUGAUAAUUCGUAGCUUUAUUAUAUUGUACAUCUCACCGCAUAUGAUGUUUAAGAAUUAGAGCACGUGAUCAAAUAUGUCUCAUUUAUAAUAUAAAAGAAAAUUUGUGUAUCAUAGAUGAUUUAGAUACUAAUUAUUAUUAAAUGACAUUAUAUGAAUAGUUAAAGCAGUGAAAUAGACUAUAUGAUACCUUAGCUUAAGUUGAUCACGCAAGCUAAUUGAUGAGCCGAUCUCGAGUAAAGUUCGUGAGCUCAUAAAUGAUCCGAACUUGAGUAGAGCUCGAGUCAAAUAAAAACCAAUAUUUUUUUAGUAAAGUAGCUUAGUCGAGUUCAAAUUAGGUCAAAACUAUAGAGAGUGGAUAGGGUUUAGGUAUGUUUGUAUAGGUUGAGUCAUGGGGCUUCUUUUUGUCACCUCCUUUGUGGGUGAUGAGGGUUUUUUUUUAUUGUGCAGUUAAGUCACUACAGCCAGUUCUUCGUGCAUUGUUAAGUAGUUUUUUCCCCCUCUUCCUAUCUAAAGAAGCACGAAUUUGUAUGCUUUCACCACCUUGAUUAAUAAUAAUAAUAAUACUACAUCAUUCAUAACAAAAACAAGUACGCUGGAGAAUGGAGAUCACUUCUAGCUAGUUCCAUCUUCCUACAUGAACUGUUGUGAAUCAAACCAGCAGACCCUAUCGGAUGUUUCUUACCCCAUAUAGAUGAUAAAUGACAAGGAAUCCCUAAAAUUUGGGUGUCGCAAAAAUCGGGUUGAAUACAUCUGAGUUAUAAUACUUUAGAAUUCAAUUUUGACAUUCUUCCAAUUAAUAACUUUAAUUAUCGAGGUACGCUCAUCAUUUACAUAAUUUACAUUAUAUUGAAAAUAUAACAUUUUAUGACUACAGCUAUGAGAUUAGGUAACUUAAAUAUGUUCGAAUACAUCUAAUUUGAAAUAAUACAGUAAAUUCAAUUUUGAUUUUUUUCUCAAUAGCUCUAAUUAUUUUAUUAAAAUCAUCAUGUACUUGAUAUCAAAGUUGCUACACAUUAUGAGUAUAACUGAGCUACCUUAUGCUUAAAUCAUGAUUAACCUUGUUAUAACAGUAGGUUUAUAUACAUAUUUAUCUAUGUAUAUUUCAGCCUAUUCGAUUGAGUACUUGCCUUUUAGGGAGCUUGAUCAUAAUCCAUGAAAUUAUUGAAGCUACUCGGUUUCAAAAGAGAAGUAAUGACAAGAUUAUUAUGUUUGACAGAGGUUGAAUUAAAGUACAAUUCAAGAUUUUGGCGUGAUGUGGCAUUAAACAUACUUUUAUGAAAUUGCAAUAUGUGGCAUCAAACCAAUCGUUGAUAUUAAGGCUUCUUUAUUUAUUUAUUUAUUUUUUAAAUAGAUUUGGGUUACUGGGUUUCGGAUACAUGAUGCUCUGUCAUUUAAGCUUUUGAUAUCAUGUGGUGAACUGGUUCAUUCAAAUAACAAGAGUUAGAGAAGCCUAAUAAUGGAUUGGAUAUACACCACUCCCUUACAUAAUGGAAUCACUAUAGUGGUAAAUUGUAGGAGGCAUAACUGAUUAGCUAGUAAAAUAAUUUAAUAGAGCUCCAAAUUCCAUAAAUUAGAUUUUCUGUAACAUGACUAAUUAUCCUCUGUUAUAUAUAUAUAUAUAUAAGGGUUGUAGAGCAGAGUAGACAUCAGGGUCUGCAUCUAUGUCGAUGCUAUUGAUAUUAUCCUACUUAUCACCAAAGAGCACAUUGUUUAUGUCGAAAUCGGGAUAGCUUAAUUAGUACGAUGUUGUCCGCUUGGGGCCAAGCCUGUACGGUUUUACUCUUGGAUGUCCUCCUCAAAAUGUCUCGUACUAAUUGGGCUAGGUGGAUAUUAAUAUACAAGAAUUCCUUUCCUUGUAAUUUUGACGUAUUACUUGGAUUAUUCCAGGUACUUGACUUUUGUAGGAAGGAUUCACAAAUCACAAGGCAAUGUUUGUCCUGAUGAUGAUUAAGAGUUCAUGUGCAAUUCUCCUUCCUAAUUUCUCUUUAACAAACUCUAAUUGAGGAGCUAGGCUAGAUGUUACCGAGUGAAUAACCAGAGCUUUCAAGUUGGAGCAGCUGGUGUACGUACUAUAUGGUAUAGAGUACUGUGCAUGCAUGAGACCCCCAUUUAUGCUUAGGUGAUUAUGCGACGUGAAUAGAUAUACAUGUGAACUGUAAGCCCAACUGGUUCUUCUUAAUUAGGUCAACUUUUAUAUAUAGUUGACAGUACAAAACCUAUGUGAACUAAACUGAUCACUGAUCUAAAAGUUGACAGUACAAAACCUAUGUGAACUAGACUGAUCACUGAUAUGAGCUCCCAUGAUGGAUAUAUAAAAUGAAAUGUGCAUGCAUGCUAAAAUGACGAACUGUCUGCUGUACUUUUGCUUCGAUUGGGCUGGCUGGCUACCAUAUCUGCUAUCAUCUAAUUAACUGCCCGGAUGUGGGGAUUGUUUUGUGGGUGCAUGUUGAACAACUGCUGCAGCUGGAUCAGUGUGGGAGAAGGGAAGGCUAGUGUUAUCAUAUAUAGGGCCGCUAAGGGAAGAUCGAUCCAUCGAUCAAAUUAAUGGUGCAUGGCAGCAGCAGGGAAGUAAUUAAAAGCAGCUGGGAAAGUUCUGGUUCAGUGCCAAGCUCACUUAGCUAGAUGAGAGACAGAGGGAUAUCUUUCUUCCUCAUCAUCAUCAUCAUCUUCUUCAAGACUUGUAUAAUGAUUCUAUAUAUAGAGAGAGAUAUUUACGUAUAUCGAAAUAUAUAUCUAUAGAGAGAGAUCCAGAUAUUAUAUAUGUGUUGGCAUUUUUAUAUAUAUAUAUAGAUAUAGAUAGAUUGAUAUGAUAUAAUAUAUUAUAUUAUAUUUA